AUACAAUCUUGACUUAAUGGAAAGUAUAAAACCAGGCUCCUUCUUGAACUUCACAAAAUCUUCCUCUGAGAUUCUGAAGGCAACCAUUUGAAAACCAAGUUUCAUCAUGGCAAUGCUGAGAAGUCUUCUGCUUCUUUUCAUUGUGUUCUCCAUUGGGAAAGCAGAAGUAAAAAAAUGUCCCUAUGGAUGGACACAUUUUGGAGUCCGAUGCUACAAGUUCUUCUCUCAGGCUGUCAACUGGGUCACAGCAGAGAGGAAAUGCCAAAGUCUAGAUGCAAAUCUCGCAUCUGUACAUAGUAAAAUAGAACAUGAUUUUCUCCUGAGUCUGUUGCCUUCUACCACACAAUGUUGGAUUGGUACUCAUGAUGCUGAACAAGAAGGAGAGUGGUUGUGGACUGAUGGUACUCCAUUUGACUUCACCUACUGGGCCCCUGGACAACCUGACAAUAAGAAAACUGAGAACUGUGGGGAGCUCACCUACAACUACUAUGGAGAUUCCUAUGACCGUUGGAAUGACUUACCCUGUUUAACCCAACAGGGUUAUGUUUGUGCUAAAUACCUGUGAGAUCACAUGCAGUCAUCCUGCUCCAUGGUUACUACAUCCUGCUCCAUGUAGUGAUUUUACUACAUUUACAUGUUCUGAUCUUAUCUUUACUAGUGUUAUUCUAAAACUAAACUUUUCUUAAAUAUUUUAUCAACUUGAUUCUCUUCUAAAUACUGAAACACUCCUCAAAUCAAUAAAUGCAUUUAAAAAAAAAACUGUUUU